CAGUAUUGGAUGAUAACAGUUACAUAACAGAUACGUAUUUUUUGUAUAAAUUCUUAGCAAAAAAUGUAAAUCAAUAUUCUACGCUUGAAUCCGUCAAAUACAAACAUGUCAUCCUUUACUUUUCUUUUGCUUUGCGUCCAAGCUUGCUUGGUACAGAAUGUAGUCAGCCAGUGCCUCGGUGCAGGCCCACUUGGUUACGGUCCAGGCAUCGCCCCCGGCCUCGCUCUAGCGCCUGGCUUAGCGCCUGGCCUAGCGCCUUAUGGCUUGGGAGCCGGCCUGGCCGCUACUCCAUUCGGCGUGGCACCAAGGGCUGUCGAGCUUGGCGGUUUGGGACCGGGCUUGGCUCCAGCACCUAUAGAACUUGGCGCAUAUGGUGGAGCUGGCAUUGGUGACGUGGCAGUCACUGGUGAGAUGCCAGUCGCUGGCACCACCCUCGUCGCUGGGCAGGUACCGAUCCUCGGUGCUGUGCGCUUCGCGGGCGAUCUGCCAGCCGCUGGCACUAUCACCAUCACUGGCAGCUGCGGGUGCGGGUGCAACCGCGGACCAUAUUAUUACUAAACAUAAAAUAAUUUAUUUUGUUAAAUCACAAUAAAACAUUGUUAUAAUA